AUGAGCGUGGACAGAGUCGUUGCGCCAAGGGGGAAUCGGGUGUGCAAGGGCGAAGGCCAGCUUUUCGCUGCAGUUCUUUUUCUGGAUAUUGAUGGAGUGCUACACCCCGUCGAUGCGGAGGAAGAUGAGUUCUUUGGUGGACCGCAGAUGGAGCAGCUGCAUCGCAUUGUCGAAGCCUCCGGCGCACAGGUGGUGCUGUCCUCCACAUGGCGCCUGUCGCCGGUGCACAUGCGCCAGGCGACAGAGCGCCUUGAAGCCGUAUCGAUGCUCCUCAAGCCGCAGGGUAAGACUCCGAACCUCCAGCAUCAUGGGCGGGCAGCAGAGAUUCGAGCAUGGCUGGAUGAUCAUCCAUGCGAGAGAUGGGUCGCAAUCGAUGAUCUGCCACUUGACGAGGAGCUGCCGGCGGAACACGUCGUCCGCACAGAGCCUUUCCGCGG